GGGAUGGCCCCAUUGACUCCAUGCCAACUCUUGCUUGAAAGGCCAGUGGGGCACUUAGGUUUCAAUUUGGCUUCCCUUGCCACCGUGGUAGUCCAGUUUGCUACGAUAUCCAAUGGGACUGUGUAUGAGAAGGAGAUUGAGCCCCUUGGUCCAGCUACAUAUUAUGUGACUGACACAAACAGAUGGAGAGUUAGCAAUGUCGGUCUUAAAACACAGUUUGUAGCUGCAUCAUAUUUGACUGGGACCAACAUUCCAAAGUAUAUAUACAAUAUCCACUUCAUCUCCAAUCGGAAAUACUUCAAACCCUACGCUAUUUCAGAGUGCAAGGAUCUCUGCUUCAUCACUCAGAUACUAUGGCUUGGGUCUUGAGAAUGGAAACUAUACCGUG